AGGGCGAGUACAUCAGUUGCGGCUCUGGCAUGUGGAAACAGGAUGGCGGCACCAUGCAGCUGGCAGCUGUCUUGCAGCAGGGCAUGGAACGCUGGUGCUUCAGAGAAGAAGGUAGCAGCAACUGCCGCGUCCGAGGCGCCACAAACUGUGAAGUCUCUCCACACUUGACGCAGCAAUGGCAGAUGCUUGAAGGUAGCACUUGGCGAGACACUUCGCGGUUUUGUGUGCUGGCAAACCCGGAAACUCGAGAGCCUCACGUGUACCCAACAGCCCUUGAGAGUUGUUUGAUCGAAGAGGAGGUAUCACCACUGCCUUCACCACAGGACAGAGACAAGGCCAAAGUGCCCACGGACAGAAGGGUUGAGGCACUCGGUGCUCACUUUAGCCCAGAUAUGCUGGAAGGUGUAGCCCAGGUGCCAGACAACCUUCGCGAGAGGGUGAUCUCCGAGGUACAUUGCCUCCUGGCACAAGCUCAAUUUGCAAUGUCACCGCAGCAGGCAGAGUUGGAUCUGGAUCUUCUAGUUGAGGAAUGCUGCCACGCCUUAAUGAUUGAGCAAGUCGCACACGGCCACAUCGAUGCCCAGCAGAUUUCGCGCGAGGUCCUACGAACUGUUCUUAGAGGUUGGGGCAAACCACGCAACUCUCCGCAGAACAUCAGCCCUUCACCACUAACAGUGCGGCAACACCUCCCGCAAUUCCUCGAGAAUGAGGUCCGAACUCACGCACAUUCCAGGGCUGACCUGUUGAUGGAUGAUGGGCCUGCAGGCUGCGAGAGUCAGGUUCUGGGCUGUCAAGUCCUUCCCUGCCGCAGCCCGCAAGGAACGAUUAGUCCGUGCCCAAUUUCUUGAAGCAAAACAGUUGGAG